AAGAAGAAGAAGAGGAAAAAUGCAACCAUGAUACCGACAACUGUGAUGGCGACGCCGGGGAGGAGAUCCGCGAGCUACAGAAGAUUCUUAGGAGCUUUCUGGAAGCCGUUUCCUUCCGCCAAAACAUCAGUAAAUAAGAGGAAAUCUUUCGGUCAGAUCGCAGGAGGCCGCUGGAGAGACACCGUCACGUGACCCCCGGUGCCAAAUGGUCUUCCGGCAGCAGCUCUCAGCAAGGACCGGAGCACACGAAGACGCCGCCACCUCUCUCGGAAAUGCAGAAGACAACCUACUACGACAACUCCUCUGCGCUCUUCGGCGGCUACUCGUCCUACCAGGUGCAGGGGGCGGCGGCGGCAGCGGCGGCGGCCAAUGGCUUCGGGGGCUACGAUGCACCGGUCCCAGUGUCCCACCACCAGCCGACCUUCCAGUCGGCGGCCCACCUGGACGUGGAUUCGUACCAGCGGUCGGCCUGCUCGUUACAGUCACUGGGCAGUAACGGCAGCCACCAGCAGCAGCAGCAGCAGCUCGCCAAGACCAAAGAGCUGAAUGGCAGCUGCAUGCGGCCCAGCCAGCCUCCUGAGCACCACCCGGGCUCCCAGGUGUCCCCUCCGCUGCCCCCCAACCCCAGCAAUGGCAAUACCGGGGCCCAGCAGCCGGGGGGCGGCGCCGUGGCCUCCUCUGUCUCCAAAUCAGGCCCCAACAAGUCAUCUAACUCGUCCUCCUCCAUAUCGUCCUCCACGUCAUCGUCCUCCUCCUCACUGCCCCCCAACCCCACUGUGGCCAAGCAGAUCUUUCCCUGGAUGAAAGAGUGUCGACAGGCGACCAAGCAGAAAAACUGUUCGCCCAGCAACAACUCUGGCAACGCAUCAGGAGGAGCUGAGAGCGGCAGCAGCGGGGAGAAGAGUCCAACCGGCGGCUCGUCGGCGUCGUCCAAGCGGGCCCGCACGGCGUACACCAGCGCCCAGCUGGUGGAGCUGGAGAAGGAGUUCCACUUCAACAGGUACCUGUGCCGGCCACGCCGCGUGGAGAUGGCCAACCUGCUCAACCUGUCCGAGCGCCAGAUCAAGAUCUGGUUCCAGAACCGGCGCAUGAAGUACAAGAAGGACCAGAAGUCCAAGGGCCUGAGCUCCAGUUCCGGGGGGCCCUCGCCGGCCGGCUCCCCUCCCCUAACCAUGCAGUCCUCUGCCAGCUUCCUCAACUCCAUGCACCCCAUGGGAGGGGGAGGCGGCUACGACGUCCCGUCCCCUCCGUCCUUCGGCAAGCCCCACCAGGGAGUGUCUUACUCCAUGUCCACUGCCUACUCCAACGUCCCCAUGAAGGGCUGUCCCCCCCAACAGAAGUACGGCACCCCGGACCCGGACUACGGCGACCCCCAUCCUCACCACAGCCUAGUGCAGGCCAACAACGCCGGCUACGGGACUCCUACCAACAUGCAGGCCAGUCCAGUCUACGUGGGGGGCGGCAGCUACGUGGAGCCCAUGCCAGGCUCGGGGCCCUCCAUGUAUGGGCUGAAUCACCUCGGCCCCACGCCGCCCCACCACCAAAACAUGGACUACAACGGCGGGCCCAUGUCAGCCCCCAACCAGCACCACGUGGGCGGAGGGGGCCCCCCGGGCCCCUGCGACCAGCCCACGCACCCCACGUACACCGAGCUGUCGGCGCACCACACCUCGACUCAGGGCAGAAUCCAGGAAGCACCCAAGCUCACUCACCUGUAGCAGGUUUGGAACAAAAAAAACGGACGUAGGAAAUAGUGAAGACGACACACAGAACGCUUGACACGACGAGACUCACUAACAGACGGACUAACAUGCGGGGACUCUACUGCUACAACGGGACGGCAGGAGGGACAAAGGGAGACCGACAGGGGCCGUCCAGUGGUUUGUCCUUCGCUCUGCAGACACAAAGGGGAGCAAUCAGUGUUGUCCAGCCACCUUGUUUCCACUGCCGUCUAAUUAGGGCUAAGCUUUCACUGUUACCUUUAAAGUACAGCUUAUUUGAUUUAAAAAGACAUAACGGUUGCACCUAUAAUAAAGUAGCACGGACUCAAACCAUUAAUGUUGCUAAAAGAGUAAACAAUAGACACUCUGCAAUGAAAUGGUACUAAAAUCAACGUAUCAAAGUAUCUUUUUUAAAAAGCCGGGACCAAACUUACUAACUUACAUCCUCCUACAGGAACUUAUUUAUUUUACACAAACCAUUUUUAGAGCAAUUUACACUCUUGAGAGUCCCAGGUGUAGCGAAGCGUAUUGUAAGCGGCGGGGGAAGAAGUGUACAGUCAAUUGUCUCCCACGUCUCCCCCCCUGGGGACAAUAAAUGUCAGGAAGCUGAUCUCGCGGCAUCAAUGCGGAGAUAUAUCGGCAGCUGUACGGCACAACGGGAUCUGAAGGCGAGCGCUGUUGUUUAGUCUGAUAAUCCACUGCACAGUCAAUCAGGAAACUACAACGGGGACUAUUUCAAACAUAGCAGCUUUUCAUUUUUUUUUAAAUCUCAGAAACCCCCCCAAAAAAGGAAGAGCAUUCUCUUUGUAUAAUGUGUUUAAGUUAUACAUCCAAAACAUGUUUUGGAUGUGUGUAGCGUAUGUGUGUGUGCAGCACACUGCAGCUGUAGCUCAGCUAGCAUGUUUGUCGGAGCCAUAGCGUGUUGUUUAAAACUGUAUGUCGGUGAUAACAUUCACAAGCCUCCCUCCUGGUAAAUGAAAUAGUUAAGAUUUGAAUGGGUGGUUUAACGAGGUGGUUAGAUAUAUGAUGCUGAAACCCCCCCCCCCCCAAGGCAGCACAUGUUGUUGUCAGCCGUUCUGAGCUAUGUGGAGGGCUCUUCCUCUCCAUCAGCUGGAGAGAGAGGGACAACAGAAAUGUAUGGCUCGAGCAUUCGCCUUCCUCCGUUCCACGAGUCACAUUUGAAAAAAGAAAACAACCACUGGACGGUCCUCCCCUUCAGUGUCUCCUCCCGCCUCCUGCCGGACCGGACCCAAUCACUACUAACCUACCGUCUCCUGUCUGUGGCAGCAGCACAUGGCUUCUGAAGGGAGGCCAAAAAUAUGUCCCACAA